UGCGAGUAAAGUCGACGGUGAGAAGAUCAAAAAAUUGAAGUUUUCAAAUACUAAAUACGAAACAUUAUGUCAUUUAAAUUCUAUUUUCUUGUCUUUUGGGAUUGUCUUAAAACAUUUUUUGUUUCAUGCGGAUUAAUUUGUCUUGAAAGUAAAAAAUUAUUCUUUUAUAAACGUAAAGAUGUUCGAGGAAAACUUGCAUUGAUAACAGGAGGUGGUCAUGGAUUGGGUCGUGGAAUCAGUUUAAGAUUAGCAGAGCUGGGAUGUAGAAUUGUAAUUGCUGAUGUGAAUUUGGAAGCAGCUGAAAAGACAUGCAAAGAAAUAAGGGACAAGGGCGUGCAAGCCAAAGCAUAUAAAGUCAAUGUCACCAAAGCAAAUGAAAUAGAAAAACUUCGAGAUAAUGUUUUCAAUGAUCUUGGCGCAGUUGAUAUUUUGAUUAACAACGCUGGUUUGAUGUCGAAUUCCAAUCUGGACGAAACUCCAGAGAACAUUGAAACUAUGCUUAAAGUUAAUGUUCUGGGACCGAUUCUGGUGACAAAAUGUUUUUUGGAUCAAAUGAAAGAACGUCGUAACGGUCAUAUUGUGUGCAUAGCAUCUAUGUCUGGAAUUAUAUCAACUCCCCACAAUAUCCCGUACACUGCCAGCAAGUUUGGAGCAUAUGGUUUUAUGUCGGCAUUGGAAGAAAACUUGAGAAUAAAACAAUGGAGAAAAUAUAUAAAAACUACGACUAUUUGUCCUUACUUCAUCAAAACAAGAGAAGACAUUGUCGACUUUUUAAAUUCCGAAAUUAGAUUUCCAGCACUCGAAACUAAAGAAGCGGCUUAUGAAACUGUUGAAGCAAUCUUGAGAGAAGAUCGUGUCGUUGCAAUACCGGGAUAUCAAAAACCAUUGUGCAAGUUUCUUAAUUUAUUCCCUUUAAGUGUUCAAGAAGCUGCACGAGAUAGAAUUUUGAGAGAAUUCGAUUUUACAAAUCCCAACUUUCUUAAGGGAAUGGCUUGGUAUGAGAUUCCAAACACAACAACCUUCUCGAUCUAUUUUACUUUGGCUUUUGGAGUUGUUACAAUAAUUUUCGUGUUUUGUUUAUGGGUCAAAGCAACAUGUGGAAUGUUCACAUCGAGUGUUCGAAUGGAUGGGAAAACAGUUUUAAUCACUGGAGCAAACAGUGGAAUUGGUAAAGAAACUGCACGAGAUUUAGCAAAACGUGGUGCUCGUAUCAUCAUGGCAUGUAGAACUAUGGAUACUGCAUAUGAAGCUCGUGAUGAAAUUAUCAAACAAACUGGAAAUGAAAAUAUCUUAAUAAAAAAACUUGAUUUAAGCUCACAAAAAUCAGUUCGAGAUUUUGCAGCUGAGAUUAUGAAGACAGAGAAAAGAAUUGAUGUGCUAAUUCAUAAUGCGGGUUAUGCAAAUACAUUCCACAAAGCUAAAUCCGUGGAUGGUAUCGAACUUUCCAUGGCAACAAAUCAUUAUGGACCGUUUUUAUUGACACAUUUGCUGAUUGAUCUCUUGAAAAAGUCAGCACCAUGUCGUAUUGUGGUUGUGGCAUCAGGAUGGUAUCGCUUAGCUAGACUUAAUUUGAAGAAACACUUGAAUCAAUUAGAUGGCCUACCAGGUUAUUUAUAUUACGUAUCAAAGAGCGCGAAUAUCAUGUUCGCUAUGGAAUUGGCGAAACGUUUACAAGGAACUGGAAUCACUGUUAAUUCUCUUCAUCCCGGUGUGAUUGAUUCAGGAAUUUGGAGAAAUGUUCCAUUUCCAUUGAGCAUUGGACUCGCUAUAUUAAACUAUUGCUUGUUUAAGACAGUUGUGGAAGGUGCGCAAACAACAAUAAUGCUUGCUUGUUCUGAAGAACUAAAUGAUGUGACUGGAAAAUAUUUCUCCGAUUGCAAAGAAUCCGAACUUCAACCUUACGUUACGAAUUCGGAAGAUCAUAAACGUUUAUGGGAUGAAUCUAUAAAAAUGAUUAAACUCACCGACACUGACCCAAAAAUCUAAUUUUUGGUUUUUGUCAUUAAGAAACUCUCCCAAUU